GAGCUCGAUAGCAGCUUGUGACCGGGUGGUCCGCGCUGCCGACCGUUGACCCUUUAACGGCUGCUUUUAAAACUCAGCUGCCUACCUGGUGAUUCCCCUAAACUUUCUCUUCCCUUCAAAUGUUCUCUUACGCCUUACCCUUCUCUCUUUUCCCGUCCUUUUCCCAGGCGGCCAAAUAAAACGCCUAGUACGAGGCGAAAGGUUCUGUGUGGUCUUAAAUGUAAGCAUGGAUUGCAAUCCAAAUAUUUGGAAAAAGUAGAAGGGACUAUUGCAUCUUGUUACUUAAUUUCUGAAGGAUACCUUUCCUAGUAGGGCUUUCAAAAUAAAAUUUCCAUGAAUGGGAUUCUUAAUAAGCUGUCUCACCUUCGACAGCCGUUUCAAAACCUGAAAUAUUCCCAUUUUAAUAAACCGCCACUAAUUCUUGUAUAAAUAGUUACCUAGAUAGUUAGAAAUACUUUUAAUAAACAUAUCAUUGGAUUCUGUAAACCGCAUGAUGCUCACUAUGCUAUGGCAUAAUCAGCUCCUGUUUUUUGUUUAGAGAGUUGUACUUCAUUGUUCUAUGCCAGAAAUGGAUAUUAGAGCAUAAUUACUAGAGGGAAGUAAUCAGCGAUAAGCUCUGCUUCAAGAUCGCCACGGGUGAGUGGAUGGAUCCUGUUCGGGUCGCUGAGUGGAUCGCCACCACCUUUUAUCACCGCAGCAGCGUCGGAUUCUUGGCCAACACUGGUCAUACUCUAGUGACUGGUACAGAAUGCAAUGGGAUCGAUAGCAUGUCUUCAGAGAGUGGCCCUGGGACAAGACUGAGAAAUUUGUCAGUAAUGGGGGAUGGACUAGAAGCUACACAAAUGUCUACAACACAGGCACAGACCCAACCCCAACAAGGCAAUCCUUCAUCCAUUAACCCAUCUCCACCUGAGACCUCAAAUCCUAGUAAACCCAAGCGCAUGACCAACCAACUACAGUACCUACUCAAAGUGGUGCUCAGGACACUAUGGAAACAUCAGUUUUCAUGGCCUUUCCAGCAGCCUGUGGAUGCUGUCAAGCUAAACCUCCCUGUAAGUACACCUAACAUGAGGAAAGGAAAUUUAAACGAUUAUUACAAAAUUAUUAAAACUCCUAUGGACAUGGGAACAAUAAAGAAACGUUUGGAGAAUAACUACUACUGGAAUGCUCAAGAAUGUAUCCAGGACUUCAAUACAAUGUUUACAAAUUGUUACAUCUAUAAUAAGCCAGGGGAUGAUAUUGUUUUGAUGGCAGAAGCUCUAGAAAAACUCUUCCUACAAAAAAUCUCUGAAAUGACCCAGGAAGAAACAGAAAUCGUUGUAGUCCAAACAAAAGGGAGAGGACGUGGUAGAAAGGAAACAGUGACAUCAAAGCCAGGAGCAUCAGCGGUACAGAAUGCAACUCAAGCAUCAUCCCCACCACAGACGCAGGCUCCACCCCAAAAUUCUCAGCCGGUGCAAACAACUCAUUCCUUUCCCUCUCUAGCCCCUGACCUAAUUGUUCAGACACCAGUAAUGACAGUGGUGCCACCCCAGCCUCCUGCAGCACUGCCUCCUCCCCUCCCACCUUCAGCCUCAGCUCCUCAGCCCUCUCAGACACACACCCCGAUUAUCCCAACAUCUGCACAACCCAUGAAGACAAAAAAGGGAGUGAAGAGGAAAGCAGACACUACAACUCCUACUACAAUAGACCCAGUUCAUGAAUCAUCAUCAUUGCCAGCUGAACCCAAGUCUGUCAAGACAGGUCCACGAAGGGAAAGCCGACCUGUGAAACCUCCAAAGAAGGAUGUUCCGGAUUCUCAGCAACAUGUAAUAGAAAAAAGUAACAGUAGCAAAGUGUCAGAGCAAUUAAAGUAUUGUGGUGGCAUCAUAAAGGAGAUGUUUGCUAAGAAACAUGCUGCAUAUGCGUGGCCCUUCUACAAACCUGUGGAUGUGGACGCUCUUGGACUUCAUGAUUAUCGUGAGAUCAUUAAGCAUCCCAUGGACCUGAGUACAAUUAAAUCGAAAUUGGAGAACCGGGAUUAUAGAGAUGCUCAGGAAUUUUCAGCUGAUGUCCGAUUGAUGUUUUCCAAUUGUUACAAAUAUAACCCUCCAGAUCAUGAGGUAGUGGCCAUGGCACGGAAACUACAGGAUGUCUUUGAAAUGCGGUUUGCUAAAAUGCCAGAUGAACCUGAAGAACCUGUGAUUCCAGCUUCCUCUCCAGUAGUAGUGCAGCCACAACCCAAAGUGCCCCCACCAUCAUCCAGUGACAGCAGCAGUGAUAGUUCUUCUGAUAGUGACAGUUCAUCAGAUGAUUCUGAAGAAGAACGAGCUCAGCGGCUAGCAGAGCUCCAGGAACAGCUUAAAGCAGUGCAUGAACAGUUGGCUGCCCUGUCACAGCCACAACAGAAUAAACCAAAGAAAAAAGAGAAAGACAAGAAAGAAAAGAAAAAAGAGAAGCACAAAAAGAAAGAAGAAGUAGAAGAAAAUAAAAAAAAUAAAGCCAAGGACCCACCAACUAAGAAGGUUAAGAAGAAUAAUGGCAAUAGCAAUAGCUCAAGUAAUAAGAAGGAGCCUGUGACUGUGAAGAAUACCAAGCCGCCUCCAGUUUAUGAGUCUGAGGAGGAGGAGAAAUGUAAGCCAAUGUCUUAUGAAGAAAAAAGACAAUUGAGCCUGGACAUUAACAAGCUCCCUGGUGAAAAAUUAGGCCGGGUUGUCCAUAUCAUCCAAUCAAGAGAACCCUCGCUCAAAAACUCCAAUCCUGAUGAGAUUGAAAUUGACUUUGAAACGUUAAAGGCAUCCACUUUGCGGGAGCUGGAGCGAUAUGUAACAUCUUGUUUACGGAAAAAAAGGAAACCUCAAGCAGAGAAAGUGGAUGUAAUUGCUGGUUCCUCUAAAAUGAAGGGAUUCUCCUCUUCAGAGUCUGAGAGCACCAGUGAGUCCAGCUCCUCCGACAGUGAAGAUUCAGAAACAGAAAUUCCUCCCAAAAUUAAGAAAAAAGGACAUCCUGGUCGAGAACAAAAGAAGCAUCAUCAUCAUCACCAUCUACAGGUGCAGCAGCAGCAGCAGGUGCAACCACCACAGCUACCACCCCCGCCACCUCCACCUGUCCCUCAGCAAGCAGCCCCUGCAAUCAAGACUUCUCCUCCAGCUUUUGUUCCAACGCAGAUCCCGGUUAUGGAGCAUCCACUUCCAGGGAACAUGUUUGACACUAUUUCACAUUUCACUACGCCUAUUCUGCACCUUCCCCAACCUGAGAUGCCACCUCAUCUCCCUCAGCAGCCUGAGCACAGCACUCCUCCUCAUUUAAAUCAACAUGCAGUAGUGUCCCCUCCAGCUUUGCACAAUGCCCUGCCUCAGCAACCGUCAAGACCCAGUAAUCGAGCUGCAGCACUCCCCCCCAAACCUUCUCGGCCUCCAGCUGUGUCACCAGCUCUUAACCAGCAGCCUCUGCUUCCCCAGCCCCCACUCCCCCAACCUCCCCAGGUGCUUCUGGAGGAUGAAGAGCCUCCUGCUCCUCACCACACCCUGUCGCUGAGUAAUAGUCAGAUGCAGAUCUACUUGCAGCAGUUGCAGAAGGCGCAGCCACAGACUUCUCUCCUCCCUUCAGUGAAAGUACAGUCGCAGCCUCAGCCCUCCUUGCAACCUCCUCCUCAUCCUCCAGGGCAACAAUUACCACAUCAGUCCCAGCAGAGGCCAGUGCAUAUGCAGUCCAUGCAAUUUCCACCCCAUAUCCCACAGCCUCCUCCACCGCCCCAGCCGCAUCUGCCCCCUCAGCAGCCUCAAGUCCCACAGCAGUCGUCAAAACCCCAGCAAGUCAUCCAGCACCACUCUUCACCAAGACAUCACAAGCCAGACCCCUACGCAGCAGGCCACUUGAGAGAAGCACCUUCCCCUCUCAUGAUGCAUUCCCCUCAGAUGCCACCGUUCCAGGGGUUGCCGCACCAGUCUCCACCACAAUCAAAUGUUCAGCCAAAAAAGCAGGAACUGAGAGCAGCAUCCGUAGUUCAGUCGCAGCCUAUGGUCAAAGAGGAGAAGAUGCAGUCCCCAGUCAUUCGAAAUGAGACCUUUAGCCCUGCCUUGCGGCAAGAUCCUACCAAACACCCAGAGAGCAUCAAGCCACCUGUACAUAUCCAACAACGAACAGAAAUGAAGACAGUGGACAGUGGACGGCCUGUUAUAAGACCUUCAGAACAAAAUGCACCACCAGGAGUCCAGGACAAAGAGAGACAGAAGCAAGAACCAAAAACACCAGUAGCACCUAAAAAAGAUUUGAAAAUAAAAAAUAUGGGAUCUUGGGCAAGCUUAGUGCAGAAACAUCCCACCACACCAUCUUCAACAGUAAAAUCCAGCAGUGACAGCUUUGAGCACUUCAAGAGGGCUGCCCGGGAAAAGGAAGAGCGUGAGAAAGCCUUGAAAGCUCAAGCUGAACAAGCAGAGAAGGAAAAGGAGAGACAAAGGAGGGAACAGGAAAGAAUGAGGAGUCGUGAAGAAGAGGAGGCUCUGGAGCAGGCACGUCGAGUUCACGAGGAAGCACGGCGGCGUCAGGAACAGCAGCCCCAGCAUCAUCCCCAGGCUCAGCAACAGGUGUCAGCGGCAGCCUCUGCUCCCCCGUCACAGAGCUCUCAGCCACAGGCUUCGCAGUCCAUGCUGGACCAACAGAGAGAGGAACUCAGAAAACAGGAACAGGAACGAAGGCGCAGAGAGGCAAUGGCAUCUACUAUCGACAUGAAUUUCCAGAGUGAUUUGUUGGCAAUAUUUGAAGAGAAUCUUUUCUAAUAGCACCUGGUUUUCUUCACCUGAACUCCUUAAUUUCCCAGCAAAUUUUUGACUCUCCAUAAUGUUGUUGGCAGCUGGGAGGAGAGCAUUCCUGCAGCCUUUCUGCAUGUGUGACGGUUGUGGCCUCAGAAGGAUCAGCAGAGUCUGCCUUACGAUUUGACUUAAUUCCCACCCCCACCCCAUCCCCCAACCUCACUGAAGAAAGCGAGACCAAGAUGAGUCAACUUUGUACUAGGUUUGCAUCAGUGGACAUGCAGUUGCUGGGAAGGGUGCCCCCUAUCACUUGAUAUUCUCUAUGCCAAACCUACUUGCAGUAUAUCCAGAACUUGAUGCUGUUUACCCUUUUUCUAUUCAAAAGCAUUCUGAAUUCCAGAAUGUCUUUGAUGCUACUGUGCUGUAUGCUGGCAGCACCAGACACUCUGCAUUGAGAGGCUGUGUACAGAAAGACCCUGCCUGGGCUUUAACAGGGAAGACACACAAGCUGUUUUGGGUCCUUUCAUCACUGGCUUUGCCUUUAACUAAACUUCCCACAAGCCUUUAGCUGGGAGCCAUUCUCUGUAAGUGUUUGCUUGUGAAAAAGGGAAUAAUUUAGUGGAGGUGUCAAGUAAGUGUAACUGGCCAUUUGAGUGAGGUUUUUGUUUUAGCAUUGUGUGGAUGACAGGAAUCUGAGCUAGACUACCAACCAAAGUCAGUUUCUUUCAAUCUGUUUCUUUUCCUCCAGAUACAUUGGCACUGCUCAACUCUUUGAGUAGGUAUUCUUGUCUCUUCAUUACAGAGUGGAGUGGAGUGGGGAAAACUUAACACCAGGGGAAGCUCCCACCCUGUCAAUAGUGUUUGACUGUGGCUGUAUUGUAUAGUGAAUAUAGUUGGCAUAUAUUUGUUUGAGUUUUAUGGUGAGCUCACCAUACUCUGUAAAGACACUGCUUCUAUUUUGCUCAGUUCCAGACUUUUAGUCUAUAUUUUUAACUGUAAUACCAGAAAACUACAUUUUGGGUUUUAAAUGUCAUGAAGUCUGUUAAAAUUAGUUUUUAUACACAACAGAGCAGCUCUGGGGAGGGAGGUGGGAAUGGAUUUGGAUUGGCAGGAAGGAAGACCUGUUCCUGUUGUCUUCCAUUAAGUCCUUUCACAUUUUAGCAGUAAUCAUUUUCUCAGCACUUUUAGCAUAUUCUUUUCAUUUUACUCUUUCAAAUGUUCCACGUUUAUGUGCCAUAAAUACCCACUAUACAGUACAAUACUGGUGUGUCAGUAUUGGCCAAUCUCUGGAGUAAUUAAUUGGUUUUACUUUAAUACGGUGAAUAUGCAUUUGGUCUGUACUGAUCAUGGAAUAAACUCAUCUCUUUUUUUUUAAA